UGCCCCGGGGCGCAGCACCAGAACCUGGUGCUGUUAGAGCAGGUGUGAGCUCAGCCGGUCACAGAGGGCACCACCGCUGCAGGAGGUUCCGGGGGACCCCAGGCUUGUGAGCAGGGACCCACGGGUUAUGCUGGAGGCUCUGCCGCAGGCCAGCCGCACAUCCAGUCAGCGCCAUGGGGGACUCGCAGGAGGAUUAUGAGGAAGGGAUGGAGGAGAUUCUAGAGCAGGAGGAAUAUGAAGACCCAGGAGCACCCGUGCCCCAAAUGGAAGAGCCAGAAGCUCAUCCCACCGAGCCAACAGCCACCGACUAUCAAACUACAUCACACUCGGGCACCCACGAGAUCUAUGUGGAGCUGCAGGAGCUGGUGAUGGAUGAGAAGAAUAUGGAGCUGUGCUGGAUGGAGGCAGCACGCUGGGUGCGGCUGGAGGAAAACCUGGGAGAGAACGGAGUCUGGGGCCGCCCGCACCUGUCUUACCUCACCUUCUGGAGCCUCCUGGAGCUGCAGAGAGCCUUCGCCAAGGGUUCUGUGCUCCUGGACCUGCCAGAGACCUCCCUGGCUGGGGUGGCCAACCAGCUGCUGGACGCGUUCAUCUACGAGGAGCAGAUCCGGCCCCAGGACAGAGAUGAGCUGCUGCGGGUCCUGCUGCUCAAACACAGCCAUGCCGGAGACCUGGGGUCCUUGGGGAGCGUGAAACCCGCGGUCCUGACACGUUCUGGGGAGCCCUCACAGCCUCUCCUCCCCCAACCCCCCUCUCUGGAGACUCAGCUCUUCUGUGAACAGGGAGAAGGCACAGAAGGACACUCGCCAUCUGGAAUUCUGGAAAAGAUCCCCCCGGAUUCAGAGGCCACCCUGAUACUAGUGGGCCGCGCCGCCUUCCUGGAGCGCCCUGUGCUGGGCUUCGUGAGGCUGCAGGAGGCAGCGGUGCUGGAGGCCCUGGAGCUGCCAGUGCCCGUGCGCUUCCUCUUCGUGUUGCUGGGACCCGAGAGACCCAGCACCAGCUAUACCCAGCUGGGCCGGGCGGCUGCCACCCUCAUGUCAGAGCGGGUGUUCCGCACAGAGGCAUAUCUGGCCCAGAGCAGGGGAGAGCUGGUGCAAUCCCUGGAGGGCUUCCUGGACUGCAGUCUGGUGCUGCCUCCCACAGAUGCCCCCUCCGAGCAAGCGCUGCUCAGUCUGGUGCCGGUGCAGCGGGAGCUGCUGCGGAGACGCUACCUGCCCAGCCCUGCCAAGCCCGACCCCAGCUUCUACAAGGGCCUAGACUUGAAUGGGGGUCCAGGGGUCCCUGGUGGCCCGGACGACCCUUUGCAGAGGACAGGCAAUCUCUUUGGGGGCCUGGUACGUGACAUCCGGCGCCGUUACCCCCGCUAUUUGAGUGACAUCACGGAUGCGCUCAGCCCCCAGAUCUUGGCUGCUGUCAUCUUUAUCUACUUUGCUGCCCUUUCACCUGCCGUCACCUUCGGUGGCCUCCUGGGAGAAAAGACCCAGAACAUGAUGGGGGUGUCGGAGCUGCUCAUCUCCACUGCUGUGCAGGGCAUUCUCUUUGCCCUGCUGGGGGCACAGCCCCUCCUCGUGGUCGGCUUCUCGGGACCCUUGCUCGUGUUUGAGGAAGCCUUCUAUUCGUUCUGCCAGAGUAAUGGCCUGGAGUACAUCGUGGGCCGUGUAUGGAUUGGCAUCUGGCUCAUCCUGUUGGUGGUACUAGUGGUGGCCUUCGAGGGCAGCUUCCUGGUCCGCUUCAUCUCCCGCUAUACCCAGGAAAUCUUCUCCAUCCUCAUCUCCCUCAUCUUCAUCUUUGAGACCUUCACCAAGCUGGUCAAGAUCUUCAAGGACCACCCACUGCAAAAACAUUACAAGUAUAACGUGACAGUAGACCCCAAACCUCAGGACCCGCUGCCCAACACAGCCCUCCUCUCCCUUGUGCUCAUGGCUGGAACCUUCUUCUUCGCCAUGACGCUGCGCAAGUUCAAGAACAGCUCCUACUUUCCAGGCAAGCUGCGGCGGGUCAUCGGGGAUUUUGGGGUUCCCAUCUCCAUCCUGAUCAUGGUGGUGGUGGACACUUUCAUCGGGGACACAUACACCCAGAAACUCAGCGUGCCUGAAGGCCUCAACGUGUCCAACACCACUGCCCGGGGCUGGUUCAUACACCCCCUGGGCUUGUACAAAAAGUUCCCCGUCUGGAUGAUGUUUGCCUCCGCCCUGCCCGCCCUGCUUGUCUUCAUUCUCAUCUUCCUGGAGUCCCAGAUCACCACGCUGAUUGUCAGCAAACCAGAGCGCAAGAUGGUCAAGGGCUCCGGCUUCCACCUGGACCUGCUGCUGGUCAUGGGCAUGGGCGGGAUAGCUGCUCUCUUCGGGAUGCCCUGGCUCAGUGCCACCACUGUGCGAUCUGUCACCCAUGCCAAUGCCCUCACUGUCAUGGGCAAGGCCAGCGCCCCAGGGGCUGCGGCCCAGAUCCAGGAGGUCAAGGAGCAGAGGAUCAGUGGCCUCCUGGUCUCCCUGCUUGUGGGCCUAUCCAUCUUCAUGGGGCCCAUCCUGUCCCGCAUCCCCCUGGCUGUGCUAUUUGGCAUCUUUCUCUACAUGGGGAUCACCUCCCUCAGCGGCAUCCAGCUCUUUGAUCGCAUCUUGCUUCUGUUCAAGCCGCCCAAGCACCACCCAGAUGUGCCCUACGUCAAGCGGGUGAAGACCUGGCGCAUGCACGUGUUCACGUUCAUCCAGAUCAUCUGCCUGGUGGUGCUGUGGUUGGCAAAGUCCCACCCCACCACCUCGCUGGCCCUGCCCUUCAUCCUCAUCCUCACCGUGCCCCUGCGACACCUCCUGCUGCCCUUCAUCUUCAGGAACCUGGAGCUCCAGUGUCUGGACGCUGACGAUGCCAAGGCGACCUUCGACGAGGAAGACGGUCAGGAUGAAUAUGAUGAGGUGCCCAUGCCUGUCUGAGGGGAGGGCCCAGGACCCAGAGCCCCCUCUGCCACCCCCUUCCCCACUUCCCCAGGAAAAUCCGAAGUUCAUGGACACCUCCCGGAUUCCCAGAUCCCUCCUGGGGCAGCAGCUGAGGCCCUGGGGCUGUGGGUGGGGGAAUACAGGGGUAUCUAGGAAAUGUUCCCUAGCAGGAAGAAUGGCCAUUUUAGAGGAUUUGCUAUACAGUCCCUCCUGCUGCCACACUGAGGAAAUCCUGUGCUGGAAAAUGUAGACCCGGCGGCCCCAGCUCCUCCGGCACACAGGGGGCAGUAGCUAGGGUAGAAGUAGGUUGGGAAGGUCAAGUUCCUGCUGCUGUAUGACCUUGGGCAAAUCCCUGGACCCAGCCUCUGCUGGGUAUACUGAUGAUAACACCCACAUCACAGCAUGGUUGCUGAGGCCCUAAGAGAAAUGUGAACAAGGGCUUCUGUAAGCUCGGAAAGGACUAGUAUACAGUAGUCAUCACUCUUCUGCAAGCCUGCCCGAGGUCACACAGCUCCUGAGCCACGCCCUGGGCUUCAGACCAGGUCUCCUAUGUCUGAGGCCAGACCUCUGAGCUCUACCUUAGAUGGUGGCAGCCCCUGAGGACUCCUCCCUUCCGCUCCGCUCCCACCUCCUGCCCUGGGCCCCCUUCUCUGGGGCAGAGGGAGGUGUCCUGGUGAGGACAAAGGGCAGGUGAAGGCACGACCAGGCUAGGACUCAGGACUCCAAGUGCCUGCUCCUUUCACCCAUGCCCUCAUUCAUUCGCUCAUUCAUUCAUCACUAACAUUAAUUGAGGCCCUGGCUCCUGUGGACACAGGUGACUGAGACCAGAC